CCCCAACUCAUAAGCUAUUUUUUGGUUGGUUAAUCCAUUAUUCCCAUCUCCGCGCCACCUUCUGCAGCCGUUGGCUACGGCGGAGGAAUCAUUUUCCCAUCUCCUCCUCCCCAGCCAACAGCCGGGCACCACCGCCUCAAACAAUAACUGCCCAUUCUGCAUUAUUUCGGAUGUGAAAAUGUCCGAUGGGAUGUCAGAGAAUGUGGUAUAUCUCCAUGGGGAUCUCGACUUGAAGAUUCUUGAAGCCCGGCGGCUGCCCAAUAUGGACAUCGUCUCGGAGCGCAUCCGGCAAUUCUUCACGGCGUUCGAUUGCCGGAAGCCCGAGACCCGGCAGGGGAACAAGGUCCGCCGCCACACCCGGAUUAUCACCAGCGACCCUUACGUCAAAGUGUGCCUCGCCGGCGCCACGGUGGCUCGCACCCGCGUGAUCUCCAAUUCCCAGGACCCCGUCUGGGUCGAGCACUUCAAGAUCCCCGUGGCCCACCCCGUCUCCGAGGUGGAGUUCCAGGUGAAGGACAACGACGUCUUCGGCGCCGACUUCAUCGGCGUCGCCAAAGUCUCCGCCCAGAAGAUCAUCUCCGGCGAGACCAUCAACGACUGGUUCCCCAUCAUCGGCGCCCACGGCAAGCCCCCCAAGCCCGACUGCGCCAUCCGCCUGAUGAUGAAGUUCACCCCUUGCGCCGAAAACCCGCGGUACCGCGGCGGCGUUACGGAGGACUACGGGCUCAAGGAGAGCUAUUUUCCGAUGAGGCACGGCGGGGCGGUGACGCUGUACCAGGACGCGCACGUCCCGGAGGGAAGUUUACCGGAGAUAAAAAUUGACGACGGGAAGGCGUUUCACCACGAAAACUGCUGGGAAGACAUCUGCCACGCCAUUUUAGAGGCUCAUCACAUGGUUUAUAUAGUUGGGUGGUCCAUUUAUCACAAAGUGAAGCUGGUGAGGGAGCCGACCAGACCGUUGCCCAACGGCGGCAAUCUGAACCUCGGAGAGUUGCUAAAGUAUAAGUCCCAGGAAGGUGUCAGGGUGUUGCUCUUGGUUUGGGAUGACAAGACUUCUCACAGUAAAUUCUUCAUUAACACGAGUGGAGUGAUGGGAACACACGACGAAGAAACUCGGAAAUUUUUCAAGCACUCAUCAGUCACUUGCGUGCUCGCCCCUCGAUAUGCAAGCAGUAAGCUCAGCUUUGUCAAGCAACAGGUGGUAGGAACACUUUAUACACACCAUCAGAAGUGUGUAAUUGUUGAUACACAAGCCCAGGGAAACAACCGGAAGAUAACAGCUUUCAUUGGCGGUCUAGACCUAUGCGAUGGGCGAUACGAUACCCCCCAGCAUAGGUUAUUCUCUGAUCGUGACACUGUUUUUCGGGGUGAUUACAACAAUCCUACUUUUCCAGAAGGGGGACUAAAGGGACCAAGGCAGCCGUGGCAUGAUUUGCACUGCAAGAUUGAAGGUCCUGCUGCAUAUGAUAUCCUCACAAACUUUGAACAGCGGUGGAGAAAAGCAUCCAAGUGGGCGGAGUUAGGGCGGCGUUUCAAGAAGAUCUCUCAUUGGCAUGACGACGCAUUGUUGAAAAUAGAGCGGAUUUCAUGGAUAACUAGCCCUACUCCUUCUGUUCCAAAUGAUGAUCCUUCAUUGUGGGUUUCCAAUGAAGGUGAUCCACAAAACUGGCAUGUCCAGGUUUUCAGGUCCAUAGAUUCAGGGUCAUUGAAAGGAUUCCCCAAAGAUGUUCACACAGCUGAAACACAGAAUCUAGUUUGCGCGAAAGAUUUAGUGAUUGAUAGGAGCAUCCAAAUGGCAUACAUUGAGGCAAUAAGACGAGCCCAGCAUUUUAUUUACAUUGAAAACCAGUAUUUCCUGGGGUCAUCUUAUGCUUGGCCUUCUUACAAAGAAGCAGGUGCGGAUAACUUGAUCCCGAUGGAGCUUGCGCUUAAGAUUGUAAGUAAAAUCCGGAAUAGGGAGAGAUUUGCAGUGUACAUUGUGAUCCCAAUGUGGCCUGAAGGUGUCCCCAGUUCUGCACCAGUUCAAGACAUUCUGUAUUGGCAGGGACAAACAAUACAAAUGAUGUAUGAAAUCAUUGCCAAAGAGUUGAAAUCAGAGAAGAUAGAGGAUGCACAUCCCUGUGACUAUCUCAACUUCUAUUGUCUUGGCAAUCGAGAAGAAUGGCACGAAGAGAGUGCGUCCUCUCCCACUCCUGGCUGCAGCGAAUUUUUGACGGGUUCCCAGAAGUCGGGGAGGUUCAUGAUCUACGUGCACGCCAAGGGAAUGGUGGUGGACGACGAGUAUGUCAUCGUGGGAUCUGCUAACAUCAACCAACGAUCCAUGGCCGGUUCCCGGGACACAGAGAUCGCAAUGGGCGCAUAUCAGCCCCACCACACCUGGGCCAAGAAUCAAAACCAUCCCCACGCCCAGGUGUACGGGUACAGAAUGUCGCUGUGGGCAGAACACUUGGGGAUGAUGGACGAGAAACUGGACGAAGCAGAAGGACUCGAGUGCGUAAAAAUGGUAAAUGAAAUCGCGGAAGAGAAUUGGAAGAGAUACACGGCGGAGAAGUUCAGUCCAUUGCAGGGUCACCUUCUUAAGUACCCAUUGCAAGUGGAUUCAAAUGGGAAGGUUAGUCCGUUGGGGGGAUGUGAAUAUUUCCCAGACGUUGGUGGGAAAGUGCUAGGAAGUAGAACAACUUUGCCAGAUGCCUUGACCACUUAAACUAGUUUUAAUUCAGAUCACAUCAUAUCAUGGUGCGAUAUAAUAUGUUUUUUCAUCAUUUCUUAUUUAUUCAUUUGUUUCUUUGUGGGUUUAAUUAUCUAACUUCUCCUCAUUAGCUAGCUUGUAAGUGUUAGAGGUGUUUUACCAUACUUGACACCCUUGAGCUCAAAUUAAAGG